AUGAAGCUGCUUUCUCCACUCCUUGCGAUCCUUGGGAUCGGGGCCGUCGCCGCUCAACCGCACGCGCCCGGCAGUCUCGAGACCCGGCAGAGCUGCUCCGGGCCCGUGGAGACAAGCCCGCAAACGUGGUGGCGCGCGGCCAUCGGCCACAACGGCACAGCACCGACAAGUACGGACUCGACGUUUCAAUACUACCGGACGGUAGUGCAGUAUGGUGCCGACAAUACCGGCGUCCAAGAUUCUUCUGAUGCUUUCAGUUGGGCUAUUGAAGCUUGGAGCCGUACUGGAAACACCGUGACAACUCGUCCGGCGUACGUGUAUAUCCCACCGGGAAAGUACCGUAUCAAGAAAUCGAUCCAGAUGCUCGUCACGACGUACCUCAUCGGCGAUGCAGUCAACCCGCCAACGCUCAUCGCCGACUCGGCGCUGGAUACAUCGCCCGUCAUCAACGGCUACGACUCUCAUCAAGGCGACGGAUCGGCGACGAAAAACUUCUACAUGGCUGUUCGCAACAUCGUCAUCGACACAAACGAGAUCGGGACGGGCGUCCAGGCCGUCGGGCUGGACUGGUCAGUUUCGCAGGGCUGCUCUCUUACCAACGUGAAGAUCCGCAUGCCAAACUACUCGAGCCACAUUGGCAUCACCAUGAACGCCGGCGGUUCUGGCAUCCUGAUCAGCGACAGUCAAUUCGAGGGAGGCGCCAUCGGUAUCAGGGUGAACGGUCAGCAGUACCAGUUCAAAAACCUGAGUUUCAAUGGCUGCAACGUCGGCAUCUCGGUCAGCAGCAUCUUCGUGGCCGUUGUUCAAGGGUCGACCUUCAUGAACUGCAAUUUUGGCAUCGACAUGGGCCAGGCGACAGCCGGCACCGUCUCGCUGGUCGACUCAAGCGUUCAGGCCUGCAACGCAGGUGUGAACCAAAAGAGCACUGGCUAUGGCGAGAACUCGCUCAUCAUCGACAACUUCCAGGUCACCGGCGCCACGGCUGUCAAGUCUAGCGAUGAUGGCUCAACGCUCCGUUCGGGUUCUGUUCCGUCUGGUCAGACUUGGGUCAUGGGGUACGUCAAUUCGAACAACUUACAAAAGGGCACCACAUACCCGAUCGACAGACCGAGUGCUCUCUUGUCCAGUGAAAAGUACUUCACCGCGCCGCUGCCUCAGUAUGAGAAGUAUGCUCUGGAUCAGUUCAUCAGUUUGAAGGGUGAUCCCUCGCUGCCAGUUUACGGCGACAACUCUCAUGAUGAUGGACCCAAUAUCAACGCGAUCCUCCAGAAGUACAAGAACUGCAAGAUCAUCUUUGUCCCACAGGGCAUUUACCUCACCCAGCAGACGAUCUACGUCCCUCCUGGAACGAGACUGGUCGGCGAGACGCUGAGCAUAUUCAACGGCAACGGCUCGCGUUUCUGGAACCCUGACGACCCUCAGCCCAUCCUCAAGGUUGGCAACUCGGGAGACGUUGGCAUUGCGCAAAUCAGCGAUAUUACCGUCGAGGCGGCCGAUGUACUCCAGGGCGCCACUUUGGUUCAGAUUAAUAUGGCUGGAACAAGGCCUGGGGACGUUGGUAUCUGGAGUAGCGUCUUUCGCGUUGGCGGCACCAAGCACUCGCUCACCAACACCAACUGUGGUGGCUCCGACCCCGCCUCCUGCAAGGCCGCCUUUGCCCUGAUGCAUGUGACCUCGACGGCUUCUGCGUACCUGGAGAAUGUCUGGGGCUGGGUGGCAGACCACUCCUUGGACGGUGGUGCGGCGCAGAACAUCGCCGUCGGCAGAGGCGCACUCAUUGAGAGCACCAAACCCACGUGGCUGGUGGGAACCAGUUUCGAGCAUUGCGUCUUGUAUCAAUACAACCUCCACAACGCCCAGAACGUGUACAUCAGCCUCCAGCAAACCGAGGCACCUUAUUGGCAGGGCGAGGGAACGCCCCAGCGGGCGCCGUCCCCGUGGUCCGUCAAAUCGGCCUAUGGCGAUCCGGACUUUCGCAACUGUGCGGCUCAAGGACAGGCCAACAACGACCGAUGUUUCCGGGCGUGGGGUCAUUACAUGACGGGGAGCUCGAAGGUGGUCAUCCAUGGUUCGGCAUUGUGGGUGUUUUUCAACAAGAUGAACGAUAACCAGUGGCAGAAUGCGCAAUGUGAAAACACAGGAGGCAACUGCAUGACGAACCAGGCCUUUGCAGAUGGGGCCAAGCAGACGUACUGGUUCGGGUUGAGCUCCAAGAGCAGCACGAACCUCUUGUACGACAAGACUGGCGGUGAGGUCUGGCAGGUCGUAGCUAGCGACAACCCCGGGUCUUGGGGCGGCGUGCUCGCUGCGUACCUUCGAGAUACUGGCGCUUGA